GACUUGUUGAGUGAACAUGACAUUUAACAUUUUAUCUCUUUAAAUCGUUUAUCUUUAGGUUAUAAUGAUCAUGUUUGUCCUUUUUAUAUUGAUAGCGGCAUUCUCCGCCAAGCAAGUUGCAAGCCAAGAAUUAUCUACCCCUACCAAUAUUAUUAUGGCUUUACCUAAAACAAUGAGGGCUGUAGGAUUGUACAAAUACCUGCCAAUUGCAGAUGUAAACAGUCUCAUCGAUUUGGAAGUGAAUUUGCCGGUUUUAAAAGAAAAAGACGUUUUAGUGGAGGUUAAGGCGAUCGCAGUGAAUCCUAUAGAUGCAAAACAACGCGCUCCGAAACCAAAUGUCGAGACUACACCGAGGAUCUUGGGAUGGGACGGCGCCGGCGUCGUUGUCGCCAAAGGCCAGAGUGCUAAGACAUUCAAUAUAGGAGAUGAAGUAUUUUUCACUGGUGAUCAUAGACGAAACGGCUCAAAUGCACAGUACGUAGCCUUAGACGAAGUUUUAGUUGGAACAAAACCGAAAAAACUAACAUUUGAGCAGGCAGCAGCCAUGCCUCUGACUUCAGUCACUGCUUAUGAAUGCAUCUACGAUCGACUUUUAAUCUCUAGCAAAGAUAAAGGGCGUACUCUGCUUAUAAUUAAUAGUGCUGGUGGUGUUGGUUCAGUAGCAUCACAGAUGGCAAAGAAUUUGGGAUUAAAAGUGAUUGGAACAGCUUCACGUCCAGAAACACAAGAGUUCAGUCUUCAGCAUGGAACAGACAUUGUUCUUAAUCACACACAAGAUUUGAUUCCACAACUAGUAGCCCAAGGGCAUGGAAAUGGAGUAGAUUUUAUCUUAGUUAAUUAUGAUCCGUUCCCAUACUGGGAUACUUUAAUGAAAGCUAUCAAACCUCAAGGUAGGAUUUGUUUGAUAGUCGACAGUAGUGGUUUAGUAGACUUGAGGCCCUUGAAAGAUAAAAGCGUUACUCUUGUGUCUGAAAUGAUGUUUACAAGAAUAAAGUAUGAUACAGAGGAUAAGAUCAGACAUCAUCAAAUAUUAGAGCAAAUUUCAAAAUGGCUUGACAAAGGUGAAUUGAAACACACAUUGACAAAUACUCUGUCACCCAUUAAUGCAGCCAAUUUAAGAGAGGCCCACAGACUAAUUGAGCAACAAGGGAUGAUCGGGAAAUUGGUUUUGAGUGGCUUUUAGACAAAACUGAGGAAAAUUUAUAAAUUAAA